AUUGGCUAGUGUAAGUGCUUCCUGUUGCCACACGUGGAUGGUGCGCAUGCGCUGUAGCAGUACGGUGCCCAGGGAAGAAACGUGAGCGCAGAUGGUGUGAUCCUGUAAUGAAAUCAGCUGACAGCUAACAAAGAAAAUGUUGAAGUCUAAGACGUUCAUGAAGAAGACUCGCUCUGGUGGCAUUUUGAAAAUCGUCCGAGAACAUUACCUGCGGGAUGACAUCACCUGCGGCUGCCAGGGAUGUGAUGAAUGCCAACAGGAGAGUACAGUCCUGCAACUGGAGCCCAUUCUGCAGAGUUCACUUUGCCAAUCUCCUCAUUACAUACUGCCUGACACUAAUGUGUUACUGCACCAGAUUGAUAUUCUUGAAGACCCUAUUAUCCAGAAUCUGAUAUUGUUGCAGACUGUCCUCCAAGAAGUAAGGCGUCGUAGUGCACCAGUGUAUAAACGGAUCAGAGACCUUACUGUCAACCCUGAAAAGCAUUUCUACACAUUCACCAAUGAGCACCAUCGAGAAACUUACAUAGAACAAGAGCAAGGUGAAAAUGCUAAUGAUCGAAAUGACAGAGCAAUCCGAACCGCAACAGCAUGGUACUCUAAGCAUUUGAAAAAAUCAGCAAAUCUGAAAAACCUAGAAGUGCUAUUAAUAACAAAUGAUCAAAGAAACAAAGAGAAGGCAGUGGAGGAAGGAAUUAUUGCAUACACCUGUGAAGAAUACAUUAAAAGUUUGCUUGCUAAUCCGGAACUUUUUGAUCGUCUUGCGUAUGUGUCUGAUGAAAAGAAUGAGGUUGAAAGCGGAAGAAUAAUUUUUUCAGAACACAUUCCUUUGUCAAGGGUACAGCAAGGUAUUAAAUCUGGAAUUUACCUACAAGGGACAUUCAGAGCAAGUAGGGACAACUUCCUGGAGGCUACAGUCUGGGUCCAUGGAGAAUCUGUAGAGAACAAAGAGAUAAUCUUGCAAGGAUUGCGCAACAUAAAUCGAGCGAUGCAUGAAGAUAUUGUUGCUGUACAGCUGCUGGAGAAAGAGAAUUGGGUGGCCCCGUCAUCUGUGGUCCUGCAGGAUGAAGGUGAAAGUGACGAUAUUGAAUCCGUAGAGGAAAAAGAAAAAAUGCUGAAAACGGGUAACAAGAGCAAGGGAAAACCCUCCGGAAAAGUCGUGGGCAUCAUAAAGAGAAACUGGAGACAGUACUGCGGCAUGUUGUCUAAGUCACAGAUUAAAGAGUCCACCCGCCAUCUCUUCACACCGGCUGACCGGCAAAUACCUCGCAUUCGCAUAGAAACCAGGCAGGCGUCCACCCUGGAAGGUCAGAGAAUUCUAGUGGCAGUAGAUGGCUGGCCGAGAAACUCUCGAUAUCCUAACGGUCACUUUGUUAGGAGUCUGGGUACAGCUGGUGAUAAGGAGACAGAGACAGAGGUCUUACUUCUUGAACAUGAUGUUCCGCAUCAACCAUUCUCCCAGGCUGUUCUCAGUUUUCUUCCUAAGAUGCCAUGGUCCAUCAUUCCAGAGGAUAUGAAGAAUAGAGUUGAUCUGAGACAUCUGUUUGUGUGUAGUGUGGAUCCUCCUGGCUGUACGGACAUUGAUGAUGCUCUGCAUUGCAGAGAACUAGACAAUGGUAACCUGGAGGUUGGAGUGCAUAUUGCAGAUGUAAGCUAUUUCAUUAGGCCUGGAAAUGCUCUAGACCAGGAAUCUUCUAAUCGGGGAACCACUGUGUACCUUUGUGAUAAGAGAAUUGACAUGGUCCCUGAGCUGCUCAGUUCAAAUUUGUGUUCACUGAGAUCAGAGGUGGAGAGAUUAGCGUUUUCCUGCAUUUGGGAGAUAAGCCAGGAUGCUAAUAUUAUAAAUACCAAGUUUACAAAAAGUGUCAUCAAUUCAAAAGCAUCACUUACCUAUGCAGAAGCACAGAUGAGAAUUGAUUCACCCGACAUGAAUGAUGAGAUUACCAAAAGUCUACGUCUGCUGAAUAAAUUAGCAAAGAUUUUGAAGAAGCGGAGAAUAGAUAAUGGUGCCUUAACGCUUUCCUCGCCGGAAGUUCGAUUUCAUAUGGAUAGCGAAACCCACGAUCCCAUAGACCUUCAGACCAAGGAACUAAAGGAAACCAAUUCAAUGGUGGAAGAGUUCAUGUUGCUAGCCAACAUUUCCGUGGCACAAAAGAUCUUUGAUGAAUUUCCAGAGUAUGCUUUACUCCGCAAACAUCCCGCUCCCCCACCUGGAAAUUAUGACAUUCUGGUCAAAGCUGCAAAAUCCAAGAAUUUAGAGAUUAAGACGGACUCUGCAAAGGCUCUAGCUGACUCCUUAGACACAGCUGAGUCUGCUGAAUUUCCUUAUUUGAAUACACUAUUGAGGAUUCUAGCAACUCGUUGCAUGAUGCAGGCGGUGUACUUCUGCUCUGGAAUGGACAGUGAUUUCCAUCACUAUGGUCUUGCUUCUCCUAUUUACACACACUUCACCUCACCCAUCAGAAGGUAUGCCGAUAUAAUUGUCCACAGACUUCUCGCAGUAGCUGUGGGAGCAGAUUACACAUACCCGGACCUUACAGACAAACAUAAACUGAACGACAUUUGCAAAAAUAUCAACUACAGACAUAAAAUGGCUCAGUAUUCACAAAGAUCAUCUGUUGCCUUUCACACUCAGCUAUUCUUUAAACACAAAGGAAUUCUGAAUGAAGAAGGUUUCAUCCUGUUUGUUAGGAAAAAUGCAAUUGUUGUCCUGAUCCCCAAGUUUGGAUUAGAAGGCACCGUGUUCUUUGAGGAGAAGGACAAAGUAAAACCUAGACUGAUUUACAAUGAUGAAUUUCCCUCGUUAACAGUGGAGGAUACAACUUUCAACAUGUUUGACAAAGUUAAAGUGAAAAUUACUUUGGAUGCAUCAAACAUCCAGCACCAGAAAAUACGCAUGGCGCUCGUAGAGCCGGAGAUACCAGGUGUUACAUCAAAUGAGAAUGACCAAAGGAAAGCAAAUGGGGAACCGAUAUCCAAGAAGAGCAAGCCUGGAAAAUAGAAUUAUUUCAGUUGAAACAUUGCGUUUUACAGAUCAAGGACAUUUUACUUCAUUUUAUUCUUGUGGUUUUUAUAUUAUUUAGUUUUUUAGUCCAUUGGAAUGUGACCAUCAUCUACAACUGUCUUUUCUGGGAAAUGGAGCACACUUAUUCGCUACUCUCUUGUUAAUGUUUUUGGUAUUUUGUCAAUUUGAGCAUAAACAAGUAGUAUUGUACUUGUCAUUUUAACUGGCUUCUAAAUAACAAACAUAUUUUGUAGUACAUAAAGAUGCCUUUGAAUACAG